AUUGUUUCGGGAAAAUAAGAAUCAAAAUAAAGAUUUAUUUUUAUUAUAAAGACAACUGUGGGGGCGUAGCGUGAAAAAUUUUAAACUGGAUGCAAUAAAUUCGAUAAGAAGUAAAAGGCACGCGGAGGGAAAAUAUGAAUAACCUUUUGCAUCUCUUACUACUACUCUAUAGUAGUAUGUAUGGAUUUCUUAAAGGAGAACCUAACUUUAUACUGCUCAUAACAGACGAUCAAGAUUUAUUACUAGAUGGGAUGGUUCCCAUGAAAAAAACUGUUGAGUUGAUAGCCAAUAACGGGAAAACAUUCCAAAACGCUUACGUAAAUACACCAAUUUGCUGUCCAAGUAGAAGCACUAUUCUUACUGGAAAGUACUUAGAGAAUACAGGUGUCGUGAACAAUUCGAUAUCUGGGAAUUGUUCAAGUCUAGCAUGGCAACAGACACAUGAGCCACACAGCAUAGCAGCUCUAUUAAAAAACGCAAAAAACUAUACAACCUAUUACUCGGGAAAAUAUUUAAAUCAGUAUGGCACCAGAGAAGCAGGUGGCGUCAAACAUAUUCCUGUUGGGUACGAUUGGUGGAUUGGCCUUCAAGGAAAUUCAAAAUAUUACAAUUACACCUUAUCUGUAAAUGGAACAGGUCAUUUUUUUAGUAACAAAUACUUGACAGAUGCUCUGGCGGGUUAUUCGUUGUCCUUUUUAACUAACAAACCAAACGAUAAACCUUUUUUUAUGAUUGUUGCUCCGCCUGCACCACACGCUCCUUUCACUCCUGCGAAAAGACACGAAAACGCUUUUGCUGGAACUAAAGCUGUAAGAACCCCUUCAUUUAAUCAUUCAGGAUAUGAUAAGCAUUGGUUAGUUCGAAUGUAUCCACAGCAUUUACCAGAAAAUGUUGAGAUAUUAGAUUCCAUACAACAACACCGUCUGGAAUCACUGUUGGCAGUUGACGAGUUAGUCGACAGGAUUGUCCAGAAAUUAAAAGUCCUAAAUAUUUUUCAAGAAACUUACAUUAUAUAUACUUCGGAUAAUGGUUUUCAUAUUGGUCAAUUUAGUCAGCCUUGGGACAAACGACAGCCUUACGAAACUGACAUUCGAGUUCCUUUUAUAGUUAGCGGACCUAACGUACCACGGAAAACUUUGGAAACAUUUCCUAUUAGUUCUGUGGACAUUGCUCCCACAAUUUUGGAUUUAGCAGGUGUCGAUAUUCCUAGUUCUAUAAAUGGCAAAAGUUUUAAAAAGGAAUUGCUUUCUGAAAAGACUGAACCGUUUGCAAGAUUUAUUUCGAUUAGUUAUAAAGGUGAAGCAAAUCAAAACUCGAUUGAUACAAGUUGUCCCUGGACGUAUGAUCCAAAUUUAAGUGAAUGCACUCUAGAUCAGUGGUGUAAAUGUCAAGACUCUCGAAAUAAUACCUAUCAGUGUUACAUUUAUAUUUCUGACGAGGCGAUAUACAAGUAUUGUUUAUUUGAAGAUGCAGAAAAUUUCACGGAAGCUUAUAACUUAAAAGAAGAUCCUUCUGAAUUAAAGAACAUAGCUCCAAAAUUAAAUAGUUGUAAGUAUCAAGAGAAGAUAAAGGUAGGAAGAUUUUUAAAAUGUAGUGAUGAAAGUUGCUGCUAUUCAAGUGAAUGAUGUAGACUCUAUUAAAAUAUUAAAUGAUUUUUGUAUAUAUUGCUACUUUAUAUCUAUGUAGCCCAAUAAAUAAUAUUUUUUCUUAA